AAGUAACUUUUAAGCUUAAAAAAUGUAAGCUAGACUAAAUACUCUGAAGUUUAAGAAGAAAUUUUAGUAUAAAUUUUCAGACUACCCCUACACAAGAAUUUAGAAACGUGCAAAAGAAGCUGGACACUUACUGUUAAUUUACCUUUGGAAUGGUCUUAGUAACUUCUGCAUUUUCUGUGUUGUGGGAUUUUUCUGGUGAAUUAAUUACUUGCAGAAUGCAUGAUAAAGAUGUGCUUGCUGCAUUUUUCACAUAACCAUGCAGACUGGUGAUUGUGUGUGAGUUAAAAUAGUGUUCAUGUAAUAUGUGAACUAACUAGAAGUAUCACAUUUCUUGUGUAUAAGAAAUUACGGUAAACACCUGAGCAUUUGAGCUAGGUAGAACCCAAUUGGACUAGGAGUAUGAAACCCAGUUGGACUGGGAGUGUGAAAAGAUGAUAUUAGAUCCUUUGGGAAUCAAAGAAAUCCUUGAAGUAAUUUGCAUUCUCUUGAAACAUUUAGAUGUGCAUAAAGCUACCUUGCUAAGUUUAAAUGUGUUUCUAUUGAUAAAACAGAAUCUGUCCUAAUGCUUGCAAGAUAGGACGGGCUUCUGGUACAAUUUAUCAUCAAAUGUGCAGGGAACCAUACUGAAUACUGUUGAGAACAGUUUCUGGUUUGGCUAAUGUGAAUAUCUAAAAUUUGUUAAGCUAUUUGUUACUUAUUGAGCCUUAUAGCUCAUGGAAAUAUUGUUUUUUUCCAGUUGUUAUAAGUUAGAGUAUUAUAUAGCAGCUCAUAAGUUCUUGGGAAGCCCAGAAGUAAUCCAACCAGCCGAAGACACAGCUUGGCAGCUGAGUUGGUAAUACAAACUUGCUCUUUGACCAAAACCUUGUCAUGGCUCACAGUUGGUUGUAAACAAGCUGGUCACCUAAAAGUUCUUUUAUGUACAAAACUUAGUUAUGUUUGGUUGUUAAAGAGAACCGUACCUCUUGUUGGUCUUGUGAAUAAGCAACUUGUGGUUUAUAUGCUAGUUAUGUUUUGAGUUUAAGAAUGUUCUCUAUGAACCAAAAAGAUGAUUUCUAGUCUUAAUGUAGCUAAAGACUUGCCAAGUUUCAAAUAGAAAUCUAUUUCAACAGAAAUUUCAGCUAUUGUCUACAGCUGUGUAUGGAAAUCACCUGUUUUGGGAUGUUACAGAAGUACGUAGAAAAAACUAUCAUGCAGCAUAAAAGAUUUUCAUUCAA